UAUGUCCCGGUGAUGUUAUAGAGCAUCCAUUGAGGGGGGCCUCGUUUCCCAAUUGCAGAUAAAGUGUCUACUAUACGGGAUCCCUCCUUCAUCCCAGCGGCAAAAAUUGCACCACCUGCAGACCGUACAGCAGAGAUUCUCCACUUUUCCCCCUCACGGUCAGGCUACUUGCUCUGAGUAGUUUGUGUGAGGCACUAGCAUGGAGGAUUGCAAGCAGAGCUUAACUUUGGUUGGCUUAUCCUUUCGCGCGCGCGUGCGCGCCCAUCGCACUGACAACGGAACAGCUCAUCCUAUGAGGAUUACCAAGUCAAACCUCUCCCACCUCACCAACGAUCCCCAUGCUCAUUUUUAUUUAUCAUUGGAUGGCAGGAGGGAAGGUACCUACUACUAGGACGUGGUACUUGUUUCGAGUAUUAGUGUCUUUUCUUGGCGCCGGAUUGUUCAGGUUGCAUCACAUUGCACACAUAAAUGAGGUACCUCUCACACACUACACAACGAAUCAGAAUAAUGUGAUAACUGUGAUACCCAAAUAUCGCUUCCUUCUUAGCGCCAGUGUGGAUAUUCGGUGUACAUAAUACUCCUCCCAUUCGUUUGGUAUAUGCUUUUCUUUUCCCACUUCGACUAAACACGCUGUACAUCAUCUACCAUGUGAUGGUGUGGGCAAAAGCUGUAUGUAUAUAUUGAUAUAUAUCUACACAUAUUAAUCUAGGUAUCGACUCGGAAAGGAAAGAAAGAGGGG